UUUCGAUCCACUUCAUCGAGAUGCACAUCCUACUUUAACUCUCCUCACCCAUCUCUCUCUCUGUUGUAUUUCUUGAACAGAAACCAGAUGGAGUGACAGUGUAUGUACAUGUCACUAUAACUGGCUCUUACAUAUCUAUCGUUGUAGAUUUAGACUCAGAGUUUGUCACUUCUUUACCAUUCCUACAUACAUUUCUGUGUUAUAUCUCAUUUGCUCUCUUGUCUCCUUCGACAGUUCAAACUCCACUCCUCCGCUGGUGUCUAAAGUUUGCGAGAGUUUGCAGUGUUGUUUGGUUGCCGAGAUGUUAAGGGAAAGGAAAGGUCUUGAAGCUCGCAUGCUUUAGGAACUACAAUAGUUAAAUCUCCAUUCUGCUCCUAGUUUCCAUAAGUGAAGUGGGUUUUCCUUCCAAUGACGUGUGUGGUUGUUGUGUGGGGUUUUGCAGUUAAGGAUUUGAUUUAUCUUUUGUUUGAUUGCUAAGGAGGAGUUGUAAAAGAUAGAAUUUGGUUUGUCUGUAUUAACAUUAAAAGGGAGUUCCUUGCAACAAGAUUCCUCGAAGAAUGGAGGUCGACAAUGCAGUUAAAGCGAAUGAGGAAACCAUCGCAGAAGAAAUUCAUGCUGAAGCAACUGUUGUGGCACCAGAAAAAGAAAAAACAAAUGCUAGCAAUAGUGAAAGGCCUCUUAAUGCCAAUGAAACAUCUGAGAGUUUUGCCAAAGCUGAAGGUCUUAAUUCUUCUUCUAUAGCAAGUGAAGGUGCAGCAAGUGUUUCUCAACGAAAAAUCUCAAAUGCCUUAAAGGAACCUGCUCCUCGGAAAGACACGAGUUCAAAGAACAGCAAAUUGGCCAAGGAUAAGCCUAAUAUGAAAGGCUCAGGUGCAUUUUCACGUAGCCAUAGGCCAAUACUUUCUCAAAGUGUUUCAUUUCCCGCAAAAGGAGUGUGUACUGAUAAUAUGACGAAGAGCAUUGAGGAACACCCGCUCAGAACUGCUGCAAAGCAUGCCCGAGAUGAAGGAACAAAGGUGAAGGUCUCUUUUCCCCAUAUAUCAGUCACUUCAAGUCCCCGUCUCAAUCAAGCCAACAGGCGUGUUCCAACUGGAGUGAAUUCAAAGGAAUCAAAUAUCAAUUGUAGUAAAACUUUAACUAGGCAGAGUUCUUCAGCAGGCAAGUCUUGCAGUCAACAGGCUACGUCUGUGAAAUCAAGUUCUUUGAAUGAAGCAGCUAAGGGCCAUCCACCCCAGGCUUCUGAGUCUGCUGCUCAUCAAAAUUCAAAACCUGAGACAACCACAUUGUCAAGCAAAGAAGAUGAUGACACCCAUUCCACAACCUCAAGUGCCACUCCUAGCGGGAGGAGAAGCAGUGGUUCUGGAUUCUCCUUCAGAUUGGAAGAACGUGCUGAAAAACGGAAGGAGUUCUUUUCAAAGAUUGAAGAGAAGAUCCAUGCCAAGGAAAUUGAACAAACUAACUUGCAGGAAAAAUCAAAGGAGAACCAGGAGGCAGAGAUCAAGCAACUGAGGAAGAGUUUGACAUUUAAAGCUACACCUAUGCCAAGUUUCUACAAAGAACCUCCUCCAAAAGCAGAACUAAAGAAGAUACCAACUACUCGUGCAAUAUCACCGAAGCUUGGAAGGCGCAAGAGCUCCACCACUUUAACGAACAACUCUUUGGAAGACAGUGGAUCUUCUUUUAGCCCACGAGCUUCUCACAGCCCACGUCUGAACCAAGAAUCAAGCAACCCAACCAAGGGAAUUCAGAGAAAUGGUAACAAGGAUAAUGGCGCUUCAAAAACCCCAAUUAGGAAGUCCCAACCUAAGCUUCAAUCUCACCAAAUCAUGGCCAAUGGACUGGAAGGAAAGACUGUCAAGUCCAAAGCAAAGCCACCUGGAGCAGAGAAUCAAACCCAGAAAGCUGGUGUCGGAAAAGUGGAAGAAAACGAGAAUAAUUCUAAGAAAAUCCCUUUAUGUGAUAAUGGAAUUCAGACCAUGCCUGAAAACAACACUCCUCAGAACGAUGGACUGGUAUUGUCCUCGUCCAAUCCUGAGUUCAUGCUCCCUCAAGUCACAGUCGGAGGGUGAGAACUUGAUUAUUUUAUCUUGUAUCUGUAGUUUUUUUUCAUUCAAGUUCCAUGUUGUUGUGAAUAGGCUGGCUGUAUGAUAGCGUAUAUGGCAUUUUUUUAGGGUACUUGUGAAGUCAACAUAAAUCUACCAUUUGAACAUGCAUUCCUUAUCAAUAUAAGCUUGUAUUCCUUUUUAAAAUUUUA